AUGUGGAUUAUAUAUCAAUGGAUCAUAGCUGUGGGUGUAAUAUGCCUUAUACUACAAAUUGAUGCUGUCGAAAGUGCUAUACUCGAUUCACGAUGCUAUCUGGAAGGUGGUGGUUCGGCGGAGAGUUUUCUGGCCAGUGAAGAUUUAGAUAUUGGCACGAUAAUUGGUAAGCUGCGCAUCAAUGGUAAUCCCGAUUUGGAAAAUGGUGACAUCAAUCUGGCUCUGCGUGAAAAAGAUGCUCCUGUAGAAAUUGUACCGGGUACUAAGGACUUAGCAUUGGCUGUGGAGCUGGAUAAAGAAGGAAAGACAGGACCCUCUUCCAUCUAUGUAAAUGUUAUUUGUAUACGACGCCAUUCCACAGAUCCGAGUUUCGUUAUACCAGUCAAUGUUCGAGUGAUUGAUAUCAACGAUAAUGCACCACAGUGGAUUGGAACCCCAUAUACCCUUACCCUAUCCGAGGUAACUGUACCGGGUACACGCAUUCUGCAAGGUGCCAAGGCUGAAGAUGCCGAUCAACAGGGUCCCUUUUCCACCGUCGAAUACCAAGUACUGCCAGGGCCCUAUUCUGAAUAUGUACAAUUCCUUAAUCCCUUAGAGGGUACAUUGGUACUGAAAAAGGCAUUGGACUAUGAACAAAUGCAAAAUUUCACAGUCAAGUUGAGGGCGCAAGAUCAGGGCACACCACCGAAAUAUUCCGACACAGUCCUAAGAGUUGUUAUCACCGACGCCGAUGAUCAAAAUCCGAAAUUUCUAAGAGAAACAUAUAGUGCCGAUUUGCCGGCCGAUGGAAGGCCCGGAGAUUUGCGAAUACGCCCCGAACCCCUGAAAGCUAUCGAUCAGGAUGAGGGCAUUUGUGCACCCAUACAAUAUUCGAUUGUCCAGUCACAGGACACCAAAUAUUUUCGCAUACAUCCACACAAUGGCGUUAUUACCCUACUCACACCCAUUGGAUAUUCGGAUUUAACAAAUGGUGCUACUCUGGUCGUCAAGGCAACACAAAUCGAUAAUCCCGAUCGUUAUGCUUUGGCAACGGUUACAUUGUCAAGACCCGGCAUUGGUACCCACAGUGAUUUAAGUGCCCUGACAUUUGUCCAAAAGAAAUUUUUUAUGCGCAUACGUGAAGACACCCCAGUGGGUAAUCGUAUAUUGGCCUUGCCCACAAAUAAACCAGGAAAACAUUUAAAGUACAAUAUACCAGAUCCGGUGAAUGCAGAAUUUUUCACGGUCGGCUCAUUGGGUGAGGUGAUAUUGGCCAAGGCAUUGGAUUAUGAGAAAAUGACGCGGCAUGAAUUUCAAGUUGUGGCCACAGAUGGUACGACAAAUACCACGGCUGAGGUGACGCUGGAGGUGACAGAUGUCAAUGAUUGGGAGCCAAGAUUUCGUGAGACCCAUUAUGAGUUUGUGGUGCCAAAAAGUCAAACGUUACAAUCCCGCUCGGAGUCUUUGGAUGGUGUGGUAAUCGGCAAAGUUGAGGCGGCAGAUGGUGAUCGCAAUGAUAAAUUGGAAUUAUCGUUGAGGGGCCAACAUGCCGGGCUGUUUGAAAUAGACAAUACAGGAAACAUUUACAUGCGUCCUGAGCAAUUACAAACUCUAAAUGAAUCGACAAUUCACCUUAUAGCCAUUGCCACAGAUACAGGAGUACCACCACGCAGCACCUCAGUCCCCGUAUCGGUUACAAUGGAAGGUGUGGCCUUGGCCCAGGCCUCAUGGAGUAACAGCAUAUUGGGCAUGUUUGGCAUAAUUGUGGCCCUAUUCAUACUCAUUAUCCUUGCCCUCACCUGCUACAUUGUGCGCUAUAAAAAUAAGGCUCGGAAGACUUCGCCCACAUUGGGCCGUAAUCGUGUCCAUAGUCAUGGCCACAGUACUGUAUCAUCGGCAAAUUUGGUUACCCAUGAAAAGGUGGCGGGAAAUGGUAAUGGUGCCACUGUCACCAGCGGUAAUGUUUCGGUGCUCCAUAUGAAACAUAAUGGAAAUAUUUCGAUGGCGAAUCCAAUCAGUAAUGGUGGCAUUUAUCAUCCGACACCGAGUAGUAGUUUAAGCAGCAAUAUGGGUAUGGGUGCCACGGCAAUGUUGGCUGCCAGUUUGGAGAGAGAACGAGAGCGGGAAAGACAGAGGGAGAAUUAUGCGGCCACUGUGAGAAGCAUUGUUUCUCGAGCCUCCGCAAAUGGUCAACUCUAUGAAGAAGAUGAAUUGGAAAACGAUUCACUGUCACAAAAUUCACCCCAUUCGGCGGAAAAUAAUAACAAGAAAAAAGCCUGGGAACCGCCGUCAACGACAAUGUCACAACAGACAGGCAUCACGACUAUAACAUGCGCUAAUGGUAGUGUCACAAAUGUUGGUGUAAAUGGGGCCUCCAGCAAUUUGGUCACCUCCGAUACAAUGGGUUCAUCGGAAAAUAAUUUAACGGUAUAUUUUUAAAAAAUAUAUCUAAAAUAAAAAAAAU